AAGACCUCUUGGCUUACGCUUGCGUCCGCUCGUACAUUCUGACGGAAGGCUGAGGCGACGGGCCGCAAAGCAAUUCAGUCGGCAGCUCAUAUACCCCUUCUCGGCAACUCGGCAUCCACAUACCAGCAUCGGCCGCUUCACCCUUCGCCCUUCGUUAAAAGGCACGCGCGCUACCGACGCCGUCCCGCGCAAGUUGGCGUUCUUUACGACUCGAACGCACUUCCCAUCGUCGCGGAGGGUUGUAGUUCGCUCGCCCCAGGCAUGCUAGCACUCCUUCACCUCCUUCGCGCGGUCGCCUUUGUUGGCGUUGCUGCCACCCCUGCGAUUGCGGGUAUUAGCCACUCGCACCUCAAGGACGAGCUUGUGAAACUAAACAAGACUGUCGGAGGGCGACUGUACAGGGCUGUGCCCUUUGAGCUUCCGUGCUUUGCGGAGUACAAUGGCAAGGCAGUCGAGAGGGACGACGACCUGUGCGAGGCCAUCCAGGAGAACUAUACGGAUCCCAUAUUCAGGGUCAAUUACUUUGGCGCAUAUAUGAUGCCGCAAUGGGAGACAUGCCAGGUGGCGAACAACAGCGGGUGUCUGCUCGAUUACAGCGACCCAUCUGACCCACUCGCGUACGAGGAUGUGGACUGCGAGCUCGGCAACAUUCCGCCGUACUACAUCGACGUGCAAUCAGCCAAGGACGUACAGGCGGCGCUCACGUUCUCGCGAUUGACCGGUGUGCGGCUCUCGGUGAAGAACAAAGGACACGACUACAAGGGCCGCUCGAGCGGGAAGGGUACAUUGGCGCUCUGGGUCACCAACUUGAACUCAAUCAGCUACAACCCGUCGUUCGUCCCUGAAGGCUGCGCUGCUAGCACCACUUAUGAUGCGCUAACGAUCGGUCCGGGUGCCAUCGCCGAGUCAGUCCUGCAGUAUGCUGACAGCAUAAACCGCACGUUCAUCGCCGGGUACCACCAGACCGUUGGCACUGGUGGUGGCUACACCCUGGGGGGUGGCCAUAGUGUGCUCUCGCCUGUAUACGGGCUUGCAGUUGACCGAGUGAGGCAAAUGAAAGUCGUCACCCCGUCCGGCCAGUUCCUUGUUGCCAAUGAAUGCCAAAACUCGGAUCUCUUCUGGGCGCUCCGUGGCGGAGGCGGCAGCGCGUUCGGCGUUGUGAUAGAGAAUACUCACGAGCUUGCGCCGAGGAUGACGCUUCAGGUCGCAUACGUUACCUUCACCUCUUCCAACGUUACUGUACUCGCAGAGUGGUAUGACCUCCUCGUGAACAACACUUACCACUGGGGUCUCGAGGGUUGGGGCGGGCACAUCCAAGGCCCGAAAAUGAUCUAUGUCAACCCGCUUCUCUCGAAUGCCGAGGCGAACAGCAGCAUGGCAGAGGUGGCGGAGUUUGCUGUGGCAUUGGGAGGCGAGGCGAUCGUCGAGGAAUUGGACAGCUACCUAGCAUUCUUUAGCAAGUAUGUGACGGCGGCGGAGGCGGCGGUUGCUACGGAGAUCACGCUCGGCACGCGAUUGCUCACGACAGAUCUUUUCGACUCUGAGGAAGGCCGUGCGACGCUCUCAAAGGUCAUCACGGAUGUUCUUCCGUUCGCCAGCCCGUAUGUCGUGGUCAGCACCCCGUUCCUGUAUAACUAUACUGCGAAUACGACGAGCGUCACUCCAGCAUGGCGCGACUCGUUGUGGCAUCUCUCGGUCCACAGUACUUGGGCGUGGAACAGCACCACGAACGAUACCGCGACCCAAUACCUCGAAGUGAGCGAGCAUACCCAGAAGUUCCGGGACAUCACCCCUGGAAGCGGCGCAUACUUCAAUGAAGGCGAUGUAUACGAGCCGAACCAUACGUACUCGUACUGGGGUGACAACUAUCCGCGCUUAUUAGAGGUUAAGAAGAAAUACGAUCCCGAGAGCCUGCUUGACUGCUGGCAAUGUGUUGGAUGGAAAGGCCCGGAGGACCCCCUUUACCAGUGUUACAUCUGGCUUCCUCAGUGAUGAUGACGGCCUUAGCUGCUGUCUGAUGACGCACUGGGAAUCUUUGUCGUGGCUGCACGCUGCGCGGAGAUCUAUACCAUAUACCAGAGAAUCCGCGGGGAGUACUAGUUGAGGGCUUCAUGAGAGAUUCGAGAGAUUGAGGAGAAGCGUAAUGGGGUUGUCUAUAGCAAAUUGCAUUUAUAAUGUCCAUAUAGUUCGCAUAUAUUCUGCUAGCGGAGAGGUUUAUGUGACAAUUGUAAUGUCCCAUUGCGAAGUAUCGGAGCGAACUGUUGGGAUGCGC